AUGGCGUCCUUGAACUUGUUCCUCUCUCCUGUUGUCACCCCUCAAAGAAGAGUUACUCUAACUCGUACUGCAGCCACAGCGGGUAAAAGCUCCGGUGGAAGCAGCGAGGAGAAGAGCAUUCUCGACUUUAUACUCGGGGGUUUGACAAAGCAAGAUCAAUUCUACGAGACUGAUCCCAUCCUGAAGAAGGUGGAGGAGAAGAGCGGGGGCACAACCUCUGCUGGCCGGAAGAACUCAGCUGCGCCUCCGCCUAAGAAGAAGGAUGGCGGUUUUGUUUCGGCCACCAGCCACCAGUCCGACACAUCGUCGCUGCAUUCCGCCAACAACCAUCUGUUUCGCGCCCACAUUCUAACCACCGGAGCUUCACCGCGCAGCCGCCCCUCUACCUGUACCUGCAUAGCCUCCACCGUCAGACUUCUACAACUAGUCGCCGCCGCCACCAGUCAUGUUGCAGCCGACAAUAACCAAGUUGUCGCUGGUCAGCCACAACAAACAACCGGAUGCCGGAGCCCCUCUACCGUUGUCGCCAGCGAGAACGCAGUAAAAAAAUUGAAUUUUGAGCAGCGAGGAGAUCCGUCGGAGAUGGGGGAGAUGACAGGCGACCGAGGCGACUUCUUGGAGAUGAAGAAGACGACUGAACAUAGGGGCGUCGGGUGA